ACUUUUGGCCGUUGUCAAAAUGAGCUACCCCCUCAUGAGUGGUCAACUAAGAUCUAGUUUAUGGAAAUAUUCUCUGUUCUGCGCCGCUGUCACAAUUUCCAGAUGGCUUUAGGCUAGCUAUUCAAUUCAUUGCUCUAUACAUUGGUCGGCUGUCUUAUUAUCUAGUUUAUUAUAUCCCUCCUUGGCGCCAUUUUAUUCGUAUAAUUUAGCCCAUCUACUACAACCUUAAAGUCUUUGACCAGCUGAUUUGUGAGAGUCUUCUUUCAAGAAUGUUGAUUUGGUACAUUUUCUUGGUUUUUGUGUGUAAAUGUAACGUUUUACAAGGAGUUUUAGGUAGUAAAGAUGACUCCACGAAACUCAAAGAUCACGUCAAACCCUUUGGUGCGCACCGACCAGCAGAAGAUGGUCUCAAGAUUCUCAAGUAUUCUCCGAGCGGUUCCGACUUUUACCAUCGGUUCGUUCAUGGUAGACGACCUGUCGUUGUCAGGGGAGCAGCCAAUCACUGGCCGGCAAUGUCAAGAUGGAACAACGAAUCAUAUUUGAGAGAAAACUACGGUUCUUCGCCAUUCUACGUAGAAUUUCGCAAGAAAUUCAAAAACGAGCAGCCAAUCAGAAAACCCAUGAAACUACAAGACUUUUUGAAUAUUUAUAAAAACCAAGAAGUUUAUCUAGAUUCAUUGUUUCCGCCAACUAAAAUGUUCCAUGACCUCGUUCUUCCUUAUUUUCUCGGAUGUAGUGAAUUAGCGUCCAAAAUUAAUAGUUUAAACUUGCUGAUGAGUAGUGGAGAUACAACCUCUGCUUUCCACCAAGAUGGCUACGAGAACGUUAUCACCGUGCUCUCGGGCACCAAGACCUUUAUUUUGAUAGAUUCUAAGUACGCCGAGAAGCUUUACGCAGAGGAACACUUUCUGUUUCCUGGAAUAUUAGCCUUUGAUCCUGAAGCGAUAGAUUUUAAAUCGUUCCCUAAACUUGUGGAAGUUCCUUACUACAAAGUGACGCUGUACCCAGGUGAUAUGUUGUAUAUCCCACAAUACUGGUGGCACAUCGUCUGGUCCAAGGGAUCCCCCAACAUCGCGGUAAAUAUCUGGUUUGAUCAGUUUAACUUUGAAGAUGAUUUUGUUAAUGCUGGGCUGGAUGAAAACAAAGAUAUAAUCAAGGUAAAUGAAAUGUUUAACACGCUGGUGAAGAAACAACCUGAACGUAUCGAAUGUGAUCACGAAAACCCUCACCUGAAUGUCAUACUGAAGAUCAAUAUAAGCGAUCCCGUUACACAGUACCUGAGAAUACCCAAGAAAAAUGAGCGCCCGCCAGAUGUGGUCCUGGCCAGCGGGUUUACAAUGCCGGUGAUGGGUUUUGGUACUGCGUUACUAAAGGAUACGGUGACCUCCGUCAAGACUGCUCUGAAGAUUGGGUACAGAAUGAUCGAUACAGCUCAGGCAUACAUCAACUCAGAAAAAGACGUUGCUCAAGCUAUAGCAGAAAGCGGAGUCCCCAGAAGCGAUAUCUUCAUCAUAACCAAGCUUCACCCCAAGUACCUGGGAUACGACUCGACCAUCAAUGCUAUAGAAGCGUCACUUAAAGCACUGAACACAGACUACAUUGAUCUGUUCCUUAUUCACUCCAAGACUUGUGACACCUUGUUUUUGACGUGCGAGAAAGGGGAACCUAAAGGAACAUGGAAAGAGAGCUGGAAGGCCAUGGAAGACAUGCAGAAGAAAGGAAAACUGCGUAGCCUUGGAGUCAGCAACUUCAACCAAGAUAAACUGCAAGAGCUGAUCGAGUUUGCUACUGUACCUGUAUCUGCUGUGCAAAACUGGUUUGAUCCAUUCCAUCAGGAUAAGAACACCAGACAGUUCUGUUCAGAGCACAACAUUCGUUACAUCGGCUUCUCUACACUUGGUACAAGAUGGGUGUACUUCUAUGGUCUAAAGAAAAAUCCUGUAUUAAAAUCAACUAUCAUUUACGAAGUGGCAGCACACUACGAAUACGCUACAUCACAGGUUGUGCUUCGCUGGGCUAUCCAUUCAAACGUCACAGUAAUACCUCGCUCAAGCAACCCAAGAAACAUCUAUCUUAACUUCCGUGCACUAGACCUUGAGCUCACUGAAUCUGAGAGAGAAACAAUAACAGACGUUGUGGACUAUGAGUUGCAUCCUUUAGAGAGGAUAGAAAGAGGAGAAGCAAAAUGUGAGGAUGAAGAUGAGAAGUGUGGAGAAUGGGCAGAGUCUGGUCGGUGCAUUGAUGACCCUGAUUGGAUGCUUACAUACUGUAGGCAAAGCUGCAAGCAAUGUGUCUUAGAUAAUAUUUCAAAAUUCCAGCCUUUUGUCUACGUGGGAUCUGAGGACAACAACAUGUAUGCUGUAGGCAUUUUGUAUGGUGAUCUUCAGUGGAAGUUCCCCACCAAAGGCAAGAUUCUAUCAACAGCAGCAUUCAGCCCAGACAGUGAGCGAUUAUUCUUUGGGUCAAAUGAUGGCAAUAUCUAUGCUGUAGCAGCAUCAACUGGAAAGCUCUUCUGGAGUGUUCAGACUAAAGGAGGUGUAGUAGCAAGUCCUAGUGUGUCAAAGACAGGGACAAUUUAUGUAGGAUCUCACGAUGGAUAUCUAUACUCUCUUGAUUCUGAUAACGGUACCACUAUUUGGAGGAAGUCCCUUGGUGGACCUAUUUAUGGUAGGGUUGCCUUAGGUGAAGAAAAGGGUGCCCUAUAUGCAGGAACAUCUGCAGAUAAGGGCCCAAGGGUAUUCGCUCUUGAUAUGAAGACUGGUGAAGUUUUAUGGCAGUUUGACAAGGCUGGGAAAAUAAUGUCAUCACCAGCAGUGAGUGCAGAUGGGAAGGUUGUCUACUUCUGUUCUCUGGACAAGAACAUCUAUGCCCUUGAUACUGACACAGGAAGCCCAAUAUGGACAUUAGACACAGGUUCCGAGAUAGAGUCUUCACCUUACGUUAGUAAAGCCGAUGGAACACUCUAUGUUGGUCUUAUUAGUGGUAAAAUAUUAGCAGUUAAUACUCAUGCCGGACCAUUAAGAGGAACUGUUAAAUGGACUUUAGAUGCUGGGGGAGAAGUAGUAUCAUCACCUACUGUUACGGAGAGUGGCAAGAUCUUUGUUGGUGUCGGAGAUGGGCGUGUACUAGCCAUCAAUCAGACUACGACCGAUAUCAUCUGGGGACCAGCUACUAAAGACUAUGUUUCAGCAUCAACAGCAGUGGGAACCGACUCUGUUGUCUAUGCCGCUAGUACAGAUUCAACUCUUUAUGCUCUGAAUGAAAACGAUGGUAGUGUCAUAUGGACGUUCAAGACCAAUGGUUCUAUAAGUCUGUCAUCUCCUGCUAUACCCAAAUAUUACAGCACUACUCUAGCAUGAACAACAAUCAUCAUACAGUACCAAAUACCACAAAACUGACAGGAAAUGAUUAUACACAUUAUAAAAAUUGAACCAUAAAUUUACAACCCUGGGCCGGGUUGUUUAAAACUGGAUUAGCGCUAAUCCAGAAUUAACUCUAUAGGUCUUAUUAAGAGUUAACCCAGGAUUAGAACUAAUCUGGCUUUGAACAACUGGGCCCAGGGCUAACGGGAUAACGGGACAACGGCCAAUAAGUUAACUAUUAUGAUGACAAGCCAAAUUAGUUUUAGCUUGGUCRACAUUGUUUCUGGCUCAAUGUUACUGGCUGAAAUGACCAGCAAGGCAAAGAUGUCAUAUCUUAAAGGCAAAGAUUUUACCAGACAAUUAACUUCCAAUUCUGGCCAGGCUUGGUCUGAUGUUUGGCCGUUAUUUAAAGCCCUGCAAUAACUUGUAGGAUAAUAAAAGAUUCUGGACCCAAACGCCAAAACUUAAUAAACUAAAUUGAAAGCAAUAGUUAAGAAUUUAUUUUGAGUACAAUUCAGACAAAAAUUUAAAUUUAACAUUAAUAAGUUAAUUAAGAACGUGUAAUAAAUGAAAUAGUUAGUUAACACCAUAAACAAGUAUCAGGACAGCAAUUAGUUGGCCAUCAUUUUUUUCUUUCCCUUGCAACAAUAGGUACAAGAUACUCUUAAAGAUGAUUGUAAGCUUCUCACUACAGUCUGUGAGCCAAGGUAAAUCUUAGAGUAAGAGAAUAUUUCUGCCCACUAUAAUUAUAUUAACAUAUUAUUAUUUAAAUACUAGCUAUACUUCUUUGAAAAAGAGUCAGUUUAGUGUAUCUAAGCUAGGGAAUAAAUGUUAAAUAAGAUGUCUCUAUGUUUGAGAUUAAAUGAAUUUAUUUUGGAUUUUCAGCAAUAAUUUAUUUGUGUAAAAUAAAUUAACCAGACAAAAUAAAGAAAUGCUACAGAAGUGAAUCAGA